AUGGAUCUGGCCUAUGAAGACAGUGGACUCUAUGAAGCUGACAUCAGGUCAGUCUUCAGAGAAAUAAAUACUCAGCAAUUCAACUUAAGUGUCUCUGGCAACAUUGUCUCUGCAGUGGAGAUAUCCUUUCUGAAAGGGACCCUGGGACAAUCUAUCCUGCUCUGUACAGCCACAGAUUAUAGAAAUGAGACUCACUCAAUUAAUUUGAUUUAUAAGACUCAGAAUCAACUCAUGGCCAAGAUCCAGCCAAGGGAAAGUGAGCCAGGCUGGACUAUUACUACCCAGGACAGAUACGAAGAGAGGCUGUCUGCACCUGAUAUGGGGUGUGUGAAGAUUGAGAAUCUGACCUCUGAAGACAGCGGACUCUAUGAAGCUGAAAUCAUGUUGAUCACAGGAAAGAUAAAAAUUCAGAUGUUCAACGUAACUGUGUCUGAGCUGAAAGAAAUGAACUGCCCCUUAAAGAACAUUCUCUUGUGGAAAGGCCCUCUCCUUCGUGGGAUCCUCUCAUGGACACCGGGAACCCUGGACAAACUGAAGAAAGCCAAGAGAAGUACAAGGUCAACAUGCCCCAACCAGACUGGCUACUGCCCUCCAUCCAUUCUUCAUGUUCCUCAGUCCCUAUUGGAAGAGAAAUCGACAAACACACUGAAACCAAUCAGGACACUCCAUCCAUAAUCUGCAUGGCUGGCCAAAGGAAAGAGCUACCCUUUCUCCUCCCUCUACCCAUGCUAGGGCUAACAAAACAAAGACUAAGGGGACCUCCUUCCCCAAAUGUGGCAGAUUAA